CUCUAUUAUUAUAUAGUUACUACUUUAUAAAUCAGUGGAAGAAGUUUGUAAUUAUUUAUAUAUAUUGUAAAGCAAAAGUCGUGUACUAUUGCUCUUUAUUAUUAGACUUGAAGUCACGAGCUUUUCUACAGUCGUCCAACUAGUACAAACUUUUUUUUUUCAAUAUAGAGAAACUAAAAUUAAGCAGAUAUUAUAAUAUAGCAGGCUAUACAUAAGAAAGAUAAAGUAAUAUUUAAACAUGUCGAAAAAGCCGAUGUUAGAAGAAAUCGAUGAUGAUAUCGAUAAUAUGGAUAUGGAUAUUGCAGAAUUCGAUCCAACAUUAAAAACUCCAAUUGCUCCAUUAAGAGCUCAACCAACUGUAACUAGAUCACAAGAUCAAGAACCUCCAUUAUUUCCAAAUAUUCCUAUACCCAAUAAUCUUAAUGAUAUCCCCCCACCGAAACAAUCACAAGUCGAUAAGAAUGUAUUGGAUACUAAUAAAUUAUCUAAAGAAGAAAGAGAUCAAAUAAAGAAAUUUCAAAUCAUAUAUCCAUGUUAUUUUGAUUUAAAUAGAUCUCAUGCUGAAGGUAGAAGAGUUUCUUAUGAUAGAGCAGUUGAAAAUCCUUUAGCUAAAACUAUAUCUGAUGCUUGUAGAUUUUUUGGUUUACCAGCUAUUUUAGAAUUAGAUAAAUCUCAUCCUCAAGAUUUUGGUAAUCCAGGUAGAGUUAGAGUUAUGUUAAAAGAUACUGAUGGAGAAACUUUAAUUAAUCCAAGAUAUAAUAAUAAAAGAAAAUUAUUAAAUGAUGUUGCACAAUAUUUGGAAGAUCAUCCUACAACAUUAGACAGUAUAACUUCAAAAAGUGGUAUUGCAAUUCCUCAAGAAUUCCAAGGAUUUAAACCAGAAGAACUUCCAAAGGUUAAAGGUUUCAAAAUGAAUACAAUUGUUCCUAUUCAUUCAUAUUAUACACUUAAACAUCCAAUGACGAAAUCUAUCUACGAUCCUGAACCUGAACAACAAGCCCAAAUUAAAGCACCAGCUGUACCAAAACAACCAAAGAAAAAGGUUAUGAAGAUAAGAGGUUAACUUUAGCCAUAUAUAUUUUAUUAAUCAAUCGUCUCUAUUUCAUUUCAAUACGUUGCAUUUAUUAGUCUGAGAAUGAGUUCAAGUGUUUUUUGAGC